UUCAUCCAAUGUGCCUUCUACACUACAGCUGCCUUCAGAAUUGCAAAACUUCAUGAUAUUAGAUUAUGAAAACUGAAAAACACAAAAGCACACACCAACAGCUGACUUUUGUGUGACAUAGCACAGAUGAGAUCCUUGCCAUCAGAGAGAUCAUAGUCUUAUGGGGACAAGAGGUGUUUACAUAUUCAGACAUUGUAAUACAAAAGAGCUUGGGAUAUCUGUUACACGAAGUUUUGCUCAGGGAAAGGAAGAAGAGGAAAGAAGUGUGACUGUGAUUGGAAGACACAAUUUAGACCUGGGUUAAGCAAUAUUUAGGAGGCAUUCAAUACAUAUGAAUGGAUGGAUCACUGCAUUAAAGGACUUGAAAGCUUUGUGUCCUGGAUAUGUUGGUUUGGUGCUAUAUUCUUUGGACCUAGAUCUUCUGGAGCAGUGCUCCUCAAAUUCAGAACCCCAGCUGAAAGGGAUUGUGACAAGGUUAUUCAGCCAGCAGGGAUAUUUCCUGCAGAUGCACCCAGAUGGCACCAUUGAUGGGACCAAGGACGAAAACAGCGACUACACUCUCUUCAAUCUAAUUCCCGUGGGCCUGCGUGUAGUGGCCAUCCAAGGAGUGAAGGCUAGUCUCUAUGUGGCCAUGAAUGGUGAAGGCUAUCUCUACAGUUCCGAUGUUUUCACUCCAGAAUGCAAAUUUAAGGAAUCUGUGUUUGAAAACUACUAUGUGAUCUAUUCUUCCACACUGUACCGCCAGCAAGAAUCAGGCCGAGCUUGGUUUCUGGGACUCAAUAAAGAAGGUCAAAUUAUGAAGGGGAACAGAGUGAAGAAAACCAAGCCCUCAUCACAUUUUGUACCGAAACCUAUUGAAGUGUGUAUGUACAGAGAACCAUCACUACAUGAAAUUGGAGAAAAACAAGGGCGUUCAAGGAAAAGUUCUGGAACACCAACCAUGAAUGGAGGCAAAGUUGUGAAUCAAGAUUCAACAUAGCUGAGAACUCUCCCCUGCUUCCCUCUCUCAUCCCUUCCCCUUCUCUUCCCUCCCAUUUACCCAUUUCCUUCCAGUAAAUCCACCCAAGGAGAGGAAAAUAAAAUGACAACGCAAGACCUAGUGGCUAAGAUUCUGCACUCAAAAUCUUCCUUUGUGUAGGACAAGAAAAUUGAACCAAAGCUUGCUUGUUGCAAUGUGGUAGAAAAUUCACAUGCACAAAGUUUAACACACUUAAAAGCAAAGGAAAAAAUAAAAUCAGAACUCCACAAACAUUAAAUUAAACUGUAUUGUUAUGCGUAGAAGGCUAAUUGUAAUGAAGACAUUAAUAAAGAUGAAAUAAAGUUAUUACUUUAAAGGAAAGGGUUUUGGAGAACUGAACUCACAAACUGAUGUUAUAUACUAAAUAGCUUAAACUCAUGAUAAUGCUGCGAUGUGUGGUUUUGCUUGAUUUUGUAUUUUAUUUGGGCAUCUGGAAUUGACAUACCAUUACAUUCUGUUUGCAGGAUUUUUUUGUAACCAUGGAAUUGAACAUUUCCAAAUUAUAAACUAUUCUAAUACCUAUAACAUGUAUAGCCAGGAACCAUUUAUCAUCAAGAAAAGAGUAAGAAAUUAUUUUUGAGAUGUAAUUUAAGAUUGUCUUAUGUAAAAGCAAAGUCUUGUAUUGAAUCGAAUAGCCUUAACGAAUUUAAUUAUUUCGUAAAAAUAAUUUCAAAUUAUCCUAGAGUAUAAUAUUUUUAUCAAAGAUAUUAUUUCAGAAGUUUUUUGUUUUUUGGGUUUUUUUUCAGUAAUUUAGGAAAAAAAGUUACUGUUCUAAUGCUGAAGUGACUUUUGGGAAUUCUUUGCCAGUGCCAUGUCUAGGUGGUAAGAUAUAAGUUACUUGCUGUUGGCAUUUGGUCUGACUUUUUUGCUUUGUGGACACCUUUGAGUAUAAGUGCAUGUUUUAGAAAGCUUUGUAUCCUGUCUUGCAACAGGAAAGAAAGAAGAGGGGUUUUACAUAAGGAAAUAAGUCCUAGGAAAUUAGUCAAUGCAAAUUGCUUUUGCCUUUGUACCUUACCACAGUCUUAUAUUGUUUUUUAAACUCUGCCAUGAAAUUUGGAGACAUGACUGUGAAAUUCCUAACUUACUAUCUUAUGAAGCCAGUAGCUAAUUUGUUGCUAUACACACACACACACACGCACACGCACACAUAUAUCCUCAUUUACAAGUCCAGUUUGCAAUUCGUUUGUUUCCUAGAACACAGAAAGGUACCAGUAAUACACUAAAUUUUCAAGGGGUGUAGAGAAAUAAUAUGGAAUUAGCAGCUAUGACUCCAACAGACAGGAUUGUGUGAGCAGCUUAAAGUAGCAAAAAAGAACUCAGUGUAAGAGAAGGCACAUACAUAGUUAAGAAUACUAAAGUAUUUUUAAAAAUCAAGGAAGCAAUAAAUGUUCUAUAAUUUGCAUUGGAAUAAAUAGAUCUAUUUAGUCCUACAAAUCAGGAGUGGUGUAGAGACAUCCAAAUUUAAAGAAAAAAACCACACAAAACAGAAUGUUAAAAAAUGUAUGCAGAUUUAUGGAUAUUACCAAUGAGAAGACAUAGCAUGUAACUUCUCCUAUAUCUCUACUGUCCGGCAUGUAUUGUUCCAAAUACGACUCCCUACAUAUAUACACUUUGCAGAAGCUCUAGGCCCUCACCUCAAACCUUGCCAUUGGUUGCCGUAUUUCAAGGUCAACAUAGUUUCCCUCACUUUACACAAUCAUUAUUCUUCAAUAGUGGAUCAUAUCCUUCACCAAGUAUCCUAUUUAUGUUAUCUAGAGGUUAGCAGAAAAUGAAAUGAAGGAAUUUACCUAAGCAGUUGGGAAGAACAAAUGUUAUGCAUCUAGGCAAAGAUUUUGAAGAUACAUUUGUAAGGGAUAUUUGUUUAACCAAAAUAUUUGGAAAGUAACAAAGAAAGACAUUUAAAUUUUCUAAAAAUAGACUUGCUCUUCGAGGAAAAGAAUACCCUUGGGGGAAAAAAUAUAACUCUAGCUGUAUUUCUUCUUGUCACUCUUGAUUCAACUUGAUUAUAAAUACACCUGUCACUACCAGAACCAAAAAAAAAGAAAAAAGAAAAAAUCCCAAGCACAAAGUUUAUUUUAUUUGAAAAAAAUUAAAAAGAAACCUCAACACUAUGGGACACUGGCUCUCUUAGCAUGAAAUGACUUGAGCUUUUGUGGUGAUACACACAGAUACACAUUCAUCAGUGAAACAAUUGAUGGUUUCACAAAUAAUACAAUUGAUGAAAUUCAUAAAAAAUCAAUCACAAUGGUGAUUUCAUGACAAAAUAUAUUUAAGUUGGUUAUGAAAAAAAUAGAGAUAUGAAUCACUAGCAAAAUUCCUCCCUCUGUUUUCAGUGGCUAUUCAUCAUUUAUCAUCUAGACUCACAUUUAUCUCCUUCCUGAUAGCAGUUAAGAAAGAAUUCUAACCACCCAAUUUGUAUAUUGUUUUUUUCUGUAUUAUGUUAAGCAAAUGUUCACUGCAGUAAAAUGUUUUGGAAAUUAGCUUUGUCUUAUUUCCAGUUUAGUUCAGAGAAUUAAUUGGAAACCUUGUUUCUUUUAUACAUAAACCUGACCAAAAAAUGUAGCUUAGAGCAAAGGGUGAAUGUUAGCUUAACUGCUGCUUAUGUCUUAAGUACAUAAAACCUUUAAUAGAAUAAGCCAGUAGUCACUGAGUUUUUAAAAAUAUUACCAUGUAUAAACAUAUAAUAUCCAACUUCAUCCAAAAAUAUGAUUGAGUUUAAGUACUUUGUUUUUCAGGCAUAUUUCAAGUAUAAUACUUCUUUGAUUUUCAUUGUUCUGAUUUCUGGGUCUUCAUUCAUCACCUAUUCCUUUUUAAGUAAAAUAAGUUUUAUUUUUUGAGUUGCAUUGGGAUUUUUCCCAGGAAAAAUAUGACUUUUAGUAAUGCUUUGCAAUUGGCUGUGCAGAUAUAAAUUAAGAUAUGUUUAUCCUGAGUUCUUAUUGGAAUACGUUUCAAAAUCAACGAGCUUAAGAAUGAAAACAAAACUUUUGAGCGUCUCACAAAAUAGCUUUCUGGUCAAUAUACCUUACUUGAUUUGUAAGCUCGGAGAAUAAAGUAUAGAAACAAAUGGAGCUGAAGUUCCAUUUGCUAAUUCAGAGACUUUUGUGCUUCUGCAAAUUGGAGGGCAGCAAGCCAUCCUAUUCUCAUAAUAAUAGUUUUGGCUUUGAAAUUUACAUACAAAUUUAAUAGCAUAUUUUUAGCCAUUAUGGAUUGGUGCAAUAAAGAGAUAUCAAUGUAAUGCAAUGUGAUGCUUUAUGGGCCUCAUUCUAAUUCAGAAAGCUGGUUUAAAAGAACUAAGACUCUUCUGUUUAAUAAAAUAACAACAAUCUAAUAUCUAGAUUGGUGGUCCUGCAGUGUCACCAGUGGGAGAUGAGAGUAUUAAGACAGGAGUAAGGACAAGGAAAGACUUAAAGGUUGCAUACUGAAAAGUUUGGAAUUCCUAAUUUGGGAGCAUUGAUUUCUUGGUGAAGAAGUAAGUAUGACUACAUUGCCAGUAAUUUUUUUAAAACAUAGACCCAGAAAUAGCAAAUCUAUUUCACCCUCAUACCUUAGUCUACAAGGCCUUGCUCUUGAGAAGGUUUUCCAUGAUAUUGCUUAAUUUCAUCUGCACAAGAUGAGACGCAAACAUAAAAAUUCCCUGCUCAUUUUAAUACCAUGAAAGGCUGAGGUUAUUUCUCUGUCAUAAAAUUGUAAAUAGCAUUUUUUAAGUCAAAAUUACAUUUAAAACAGUGGAUUGUUCUACAAAUAUAUAUGUGUAUAUAUACAUAUGCUUCUGAAAUAAGGAUAUAUUAUAUAGAGUUUUUAUUUGAUUUGUGGUCUCUAGUCAUACAUAGUCAAAAAUAAAGAGAUUUGAAUGCAAAACUUUAUACAUUAAUGUAUAUUUCUAAUGAUAGUACAAAUUGCCACUUUAUAAUAAAAAAGAAACAGGUGGGAAUAAUAAUCAAAGCACACGUUCCUUCGGUACUUUAGUGAUUUUUAAUCCCCCUUGUGAUGCGCAGGAAAUUAUUUUUUAGUUACAAAAAGUUAUCUUAAAAAGCUAUACUUCCCAAUACAGAUUUCAUGAUAAGUCCUAUCAAAUUGAGAAUCUGUGGUGAAAGCUUAGGAAAAGGAUGCUAGAUGCUGAUCUUUAUUUUUCAGGAUUUUUCCUGGAGCCCAAGUUAAAAAUUCAAUAUUUAAAUCUAAGUUAAGUGAAAAUUAAUAAUGUUCGGAAAUGAUAUAUUGAGCUUUAGUAACAGAUGGAAGCAAAAAUAAGAAUAUUUAACGUUAUGAUAAUAGCCUUAAAAUAAUGUAAUAAAAAUUGCAUCAUUAAAUGUUCUAUUAGUUGGAAAGAAUGAGCUGAUGUUUCUUUGUCUUUGCUCCAAGUACAAUUUGAAGACAAUGCCAUUCAUUUUACUCAAAAUUGUUCAAAAAGUCCAGAACAUACUCCCAUGGCUAGAAUUGGUAUUAGCUCCAAUACAAGGUUAAAUGUUACAAUCUUAAAAAAUUAUUGACACUGAAAUGUUUAGUAAACAUGUUGUAUGAGAAACUAAACAAAUUAAUGUUUCAUUUUUCCAUUAAAGCACAGAUUAUUCAAA